AUGUUGCCAGAUGGGCUUGCCAGAUCUGCUUACAGUGAAAAGACGAUUGCGACUUUCCUAAGUAUGUACAAUCCAGAGGGAAUAAUUCGCACCACCAACACGGACGCAAAAGAGUUUGUGAGCUUGUUGCCCAUGCUCAGUACGCGCGAUGAAGCACUACAGAUGGCCGCUUUGGCAGUCGGUAUAACACAGCUUGGGAUAACUUCGAACAACGAAAGUCUUACACGACAGGGAAGAACAUUGUACGGUAAAGCACUGAAGGAAACGGCUGUAGCUCUACAGAACCCUUUCCGAGCGAAUAGCGAGUCACUCCUUGUUGUACCGCGAGUCAUGGCCCUAUUCGACAUGUUGUUUGGCGCGGAACCAAACACGACCAGCCAGGCGAAGAGCUGGCUCAACCAUUGUGAGGGCGAGCUAGCUAUGAUAGUUAGUCGUGGGCCAGAACUAUUCGCGGAGAACGACGAAGCACAUAUGUUGUUCACUAAUGCAAGGUAUCGACUAUUGGGGCCUGCUACCCGCGCCAGAAAACCAACGAUACUGAAUGAGGAAGGAUGGAAGACAAUACCCUGGAAGGGACGAAUCAAGUCAUCCGACGAUGUUCUCAUCGACAUGCUCUGCGGCAUACCCGAGCUCUUGGAAGCUGUGGACAAGUUGCAGUUCCAAUGCAUGAGUGAACAAGAGAGAGAAGGGCUACAAGUGUAUACGUUAGCAAGAUGCUGGACACUGCACUUCGAGCUGGAAGCUUGGGUCAACGACAAAGCGAACGCCAUAUACACACCUAAGAUUGUCAACAACUCAACCUCUAUUACCUUCCCCAACAUUGAUGUUGCCAGCGUCACAGUCCGAUAUUGGUUGACGGCUCUUUUCCUCUACUCUUGCCUCGACAUCGCAAGCGGUAUCGAUCCUUCGACCGACAACCUACUUUCGCAUCCCGAUCGCCCGCACCCCCGGCCUUUUGCAAGAAUGAUUAUGAAGUCAGUCGGCUACUUUCUUCAAGAGCAAUUCGGCAUAACAGGUGUCAUGGCUAUAUGGCCGCCUCUUGGCCAUGCACUGUUCUACCUGAACAGGAACAGGAAACCUGACGAGGAAUACAUUAUGAGCAUAAUGCGCAUUUGGCAUCAACCAAAGCUGCCGAGCACAAUGAGGGUGUUUUUGAAGAGUUUCAGGGAGACUGUCGAUAUGAAUACUCUGCUAGCGAGGCCUGUGAGCGAGCUUUAG